AGAUUUCAUCAUAGUCUUUGUCACCAAAAGUGUCUAACAAGUGUGGUCCCACGUUUUCUAAUUCCAAUAAUAUAUUAUUAUGGUUUUCGAAACCUUUUAUUUUCUUUAUUAGUUAUAUGUUUAUGCCAACGUUGUUGCGGUGUUCAUUUUCAUUUUUCAGUGGCUGUGGUUCUAUAGGAUCCUAGGAACAUUGAAAGUUGUUCAUAUCAUAUCAUUCAUUCUCUUAUUAUGGAUGUGAAGGGUAAUAAUGUCACUCCAGAUUUUUCUUCUUACAUUCUCUUUGAGGCCAGUGGGGAUUCUGAAGAAGCUGAUUUUGAUCACAACAAAAUGGUUUGUGAGAUUUCAAGGGUAGGUAGUUAUGUUCAUCAUGGUCAUGAAGAUUAUGAUGAUGAUGAUGAUGCUCUAUCUUGCAGCUAUGAUAGAUCUGAUUAUGAUGAUGAUACAUGUAAUGUUGCUGAGGUCAAUUGGGAUGAUGAUGAUGAUGAUGAUGGGGAGAAGAAAGAAGAAGAUGUUGUUUUUGGAACAUCAUAUUGUGAUGAAGAAGAUGAGGUUUUGCAAGAACAGCACCCAACAAGGUCAUUUGUGUCAUUUGCUUCAAAUCAAGAAUCUUUGGAUGAAAUGGAAAAGAAUAGGUUGUUCUGGGAAGCAUGCUUGGCAUCUUGAUUUCUUUUCUUCAGAUCUAUUUUUGGUUCAAGUUUUCUUAUCUAUUCUGGGUUCCUUUUUUUUAGCUCUUUUAUUUGUCAUUAUGAAAAUUUCUUAUAUUUUUCUUUUGGCUGACACGGAUAAAAGAAAAUGAAUCAAAUGGCUUAGAAGAGGAAAAAAAAAGAAAAAAAAAAAAGAAAGAACUCAAUGUAAAUUUUAGAAACUUAGGCAGCUAAUUAGUGAAUUUAAAUGUAAAUAUGUAAUUUCUCUGCAAAUGGUUACAUGAAUGCUAUUUUUAUUUGUUACAA